CAAACCAAAAUGGUGGACUGUAGAGUUGCGUGGAAAAGUAGUUUUGCCUUCUUGGUUUGUUUUGUCGUCGGCUGUCAUGGAGUUGCUCAUUAUUAUAUAGGAACAGGGAUCGCUGAUGUUACGGGACCCGCGGCAGAAGUUGAUAUGAUGGGCUAUGCCAAUCCUGCCCAGACAAGCCAUGGAAUCCAUCUGCGCCAGUACAGCAGGGCAUUUAUUAUUGCUGAUGCUGCUAAGAAGUCUAGGGUAGUCUUCGUCAAUGUUGAUGCAUGUAUGAUAUCCGAAAUUUUGAAAAUACAGGUAGUUCAAAAGCUGCAGACAUUAUAUCAUGGUCUUUACAAUGAUUCUAAUGUCUGCCUAAGUGGAAUUCAUACUCACUCUGGACCUGGUGGAUUCCAUCAAUAUGUGUUGUUUGACGUCACAUCUCUUGGCUUUGUGAAGGAAAGUUUGGAUUCUUUAGUGAAUGGAAUUGUGAAGAGCAUCCAAAAUGCCCACAACAACAUGGUUGCAGGGAAUAUUUACAUCAAUACAGGAGAACUGUUGGAUAGCAACAUCAACCGCAGCCCUUCCGCAUACCUGAAUAACCCAGCAGAGGAAAAGGCCAG